AUGUACGGAAAUUUGUAUAUCAAUAUCAUCAAGAAGAUGGUUGGACAUCUCGUACUUCAAACCUUAUCAAUCCUUGCAAGUUUGAUCACCUUGGGUUUAUGCAACAUAGGCACAUCAGUACCGGUGGCGGUAGAUGUCUAUAAAGGCACCCAGACCGCCCAGUUCUUAGGCGACCGGCUCAUAGCUGUUAAAUGGGUUGGUCAAGGUCCUGAAUUCAAAUGGGUUGGCGCAGGCGACACCGAGACCUACGAAUUCCGCGUACAAGAUUAUGGAGUCAAAGAUGAUAUAAUACUUCCCUACUUUCAAAUGCCAAAAGAAGGCAUUGUUAUGAUUUUACUGAGUAGAGAACUGUUAGAUUAG